AUGGGCAAACUCCUAGAGCAUGCUGAAGCUGUUACAUGGAAGAAGAUCCAGGUCAGUGUAGUGAAGCGGGCGGAUCUCGAGAGGAAGUUGAGAAGGCUUGCACAGGAUGAUUUCAUGGGGCGGCUGUGGACCGAGUUCAAACUUGCGUACGUCCGUGAUAUGGAGGAUGAGGUGGUAUUGAGGCCUGUAGGGAACCAGCUCUACCUAGAUGUAAAGCCGAUGGGAGUUCGGCAGUAUAUGGAGACACACUGGCUGGGCGUGUAG